AUGACCUCCACCACCAGACCUGGCGCGUUCAGAGUGAAAGAGGAGGAGGAUGUUACAGUAAAAGAAGAAGAGGAAGAGGAGGAUGCAGUUUUUGAAGUGAAAGAGGAAGGAGAGGAGGAGGAGACAGAAGGAGAGAGACGUGACUAUCGUGGAUCCUCUGGGGAGCCUCAACAGCAUCAUGAUGCUGACGAGGCAGAGAAGAGUCUCUCCACAUCAGGACACCUCAAGAAACACCAGCAGAGACCCACAGAAAGGAAACCUCACUGCUGCUCCGACUGUGGGAAACGUUUCAAAUCUUCAUCAGAACUUAAAAAACACCAGCGAGUACACACAGGAGAGAAGCCUUAUAGCUGUAAUCAAUGUGGGAAGAGUUUUACUCAUUCAAGUAAUCUGAAAACACACCAGAGAACACACACAAGAGAGAAGCCUUACACCUGUGAUCAAUGUGGGAAGAGUUUUACUCAGGCAAGCAACCUGGUAUCACACCAGAGAACACACACAGGAGAGCAGCCAUAUAGCUGUGAGCAAUGUGGCAAGAGUUUUACUCAGUCAAGCAACCUGGUAUCACACCAGAGAAUACACACAGGAGAGCAGCCAUAUAGUUGUGAGCAAUGUGGGAAAAACUUUUCUCGGGGAGAACGCCUCAAAGAGCACCAGAGAACACACACAGGAGAGAAACCUUAUAGCUGUGAUCAGUGUGGCAAGAGUUUUACUCAGUCACGCAACCUGGUAUCACAUCAGAGAACACACACAGGAGAGCAGCCAUAUACCUGUGAGCAAUGUGGCAAGAGUUUUACUCAGUCAAGCAACCUGGUAUCACACCAGAGAACACACACAGGAGAGCAGCCAUAUAGCUGUGAGCAAUGUGGGAAAAGCUUUUCUCGGAUAGAACACCUUAAAGGACACCAGAGAACACACACAGGAGAGAAACCUUAUAGCUGUGAUCAGUGUGGGAAGAGUUUUACUCAGUCAAACAGCCUGAAUAGACACCAGAGAACACACACAUGAAAGAAACCUUAUAGCUGUGAUCAAUGUGACAAGAGAUACUCUCAUUCAUGUGGUCUGAUUAAACAUCAGAAAAUACAUGCAGGAGAUCCACAGAGUGUGGAAUGAUCUCCAACACCAGACCUGGGUAGUAGAACACAGAGUGUGGAAUGAUCUCCAGCACCAGACCUGGGUAGUAGAACACAGAGUGUGGAAUGAUCUCCAGCACCAGACCAGACCUGGAACACAGACUGUGGAAUGUAGUAAACAUUUUUUUAUUCGCACUAGUCAAUCAACACAUUCAGGUCUUUGUAUGUCUCAAUAUAAUAGUAUUAUUUAAUUAAAACCAUUUAAACGAAUCUUUGUCUGAAAAUAAAAUCUGAUCCUCAACUGCGUUUCCCUCCAGUCAGCAGACGGCGAUGUGCGUCUUUCAGGCGAUGCUGCAGCGUGACGUAUAAU